UCAUCCCUAUAUAACUGCUUGUCCUCAUUUCUAAGAUGGCAAGUGAAGAGGAUGAGAAAAAGAUGGAACUGGAACAUGUGACCAGCUUGUCAAGAAGAGAUCAUGAAAGACCAAAUCCCUUUUUUCGAGUGAGAGCAGUUAGCUUGGGUGGUUGGUUGGUUACUGAAGGUUGGAUCAAACCUUCUCUCUUCGAUGGCAUUCCAAACAAAGACUUAUUGGAUGGAACUAGUCUUCGGUUCAAGUCUGUGUCAACAGGGAAAUAUCUAUGUGCCAAGUCUGGAGGGGGAAAUGUCCUACUUGCGAACGGCACAGGUGCUUCAACGGCUUGGGAAACAAUUACAUUGUGGAGGAUAAACGAAGAUACUUUCAGACUCAGGGUGUUCAACAAACAGUUUGUGGGGUUAGAUGGGAUUAACGUUGUUGCUGUUUCCGAUACUCCCAUCCAUUCUGACACGUUUCGAAUAGUAAAAGAAAGUGACAGUUCAAGUCGUGUUCGAAUCAAAGCACCCAAUGGGCACUUUAUGCAGGCAAAGACAGAGGAGCUGGUGAUUGCUGAUGUUUCCAAUGCUAACGGAUGGGGAGAUGAUGACCCAACCAUCUUUGAGAUGACAAUCGUUGCAACCUUACAAGGGGAAUUCCAAUUGACAAAUGGCUAUGGGCCAAAUAAAGCUCCGGAAAUUAUGAAGGAACAUUGGAACACUUUUAUUGUUGAAGAUGAUUUCAAGUUCAUGAAGAGUCAUGGAUUAGAUGCUGCUAGAAUUCCCGUUGGCUGGUGGAUAGCAAGUGAUCCAUAUCCACCCCCACCUUAUGUCGGGGGUUCCUUGCACGCAUUAGACAAUGCCUUCAAGUGGGCACAGAAACAUGGAUUGAAAAUCAUUAUCGAUCUUCAUGCUGCACCCGGCUCACAAAAUGGCUUUGACAGCAGCUCUACAAGAGAUGGUUCUCUAGAGUGGGGAAAAACAUAUGAAAACAUCAAGCAAACAGUUUACGUUAUAGACUUCCUAACUGCCAGGUAUGCAAAAAACCCGAGCCUUUACGCAGUUGAGCUCUUAAACGAGCCUUUGUUUCCUAACGUGACUCUAGAGAGCUUGACCAAGUACUACAAUGAUGCUUACAAUGCAGUGCGCAGGCACUCUUCCACAGCUUAUGUGGUGUUAUCAAAUAGGUUGGAUCUCUCAAGUCAACUAGAAAUCCCAAACACCAAGGAACUCUUCCCUCUUGCCACAGGCCUUAGGCGAUGUGUGAUUGAUGUCCACUACUACAAUCUCUAUUAUGAUAUAUUUGAAGACAUGAAUGCGCAAGAGAACAUUGAUUUCAUCUACAAAGUCCGUUCAUCACAGUUGGAUAAUAUUACAACCGUAGAUGGUCCUCUCACUUUCGUGGGUGAAUGGACUGCUGAGUGGAAGGUUGAAGGGGCUACCAAAAAGGAUUAUCAAAGAUUUGUCAAGGCUGAAUUAGAUGUUUUUGGGCGAGCAACAUUUGGGUGGUGUUAUUGGACACUCAAGAACGUCAAUAAUCAUUGGAGUUUGGAAUGGAUGAUCAAGAAUGGCUACAUUUAAGUUUUAAAAAAAUUCCUCUUGCCGUGUGCACCCUCUAUUCCUAUCAUAUUAUGCCCUUUUAAUAUUUCUCAAUAUCAAUUAUGAUAUUGAUAUCAUAAUUAAUGUCUACGUAUAGAUCUUUAACGUUCUUCACUUCCGGAAAGGCAGAAAUAUCAAAGUUGUAGACCCUUUCAUUAGUGAAAACGGUUCAAAAUAAUGAAAGUCUCUUCUCUGUUUUUAACAUAACAUAAAAUAAUGUUAUUACACGCAUAACACU